AUGGGGCCUUGUUUAUGGCGAGAUGAAAUUGGACAGUGCACAUGCCCCUCUGGGUCUUCGAUUUCGUACCUUGAUGAGUUGCCCAAUCUGGUAGCAUACGACAAAUGCUCCCAUGCGAUGUCUUCACACGUCAGCUAUCACAUGGGACCUCAAGUUGCUACCCAGAAUGAACUAGUUGAUGAACUUAUUGCUCGGGUAAAAUUCUUCCAUAUCAUUCAAGUCAAUGGGACCCCUGCUUCUGGUAAAACGACACUCAAGAAUCUGAUGGUUAAUAAAUUGCUUGAGUGGCGAUCCAACAACACCCUUCGCAGUGCAAACGGCUGGGCUGCUUAUCUCCAUAAACAAACUGGGAUCUCUCGCUAUCAGUGGCUAAUACAUCGAGAGUAUCUUUUUCUUGACGAGACUCAGCAGUCUUACUGGGACGACCAAUUAAGGGCUGAAUUAUUCAAGGCUGUUGAACUAGUGUCUCAAAUCUAUAUUGUCCUCUUCAUGUCUUACGGCUCUCCAACACUGGGCUUCAACUGUUUCGAGCAGGAGAAAUAUAUCAAAAUGCCCAUGGUCUUUGGCCCCGAACAGCAGAUAGCACUUAAACCGAAUGAGAAUAUCCAAUCGUCUUGGAGAGCCGUCGGUCUACUAUCUGAGAAUGAAGGAAAUCAAGUCCUAGAUCGAUAUACGCAAAGCCUUAUUCCAAACUGUGGCGCUAUUUUGACACAAGACUUGAAGCAAGGAUUCUUUCGGAGCAUUCUAAUUCGUGUACCGGAGCUUUAUGAUCUCGUUCGUAGGCGUCAGCCGAUUACUUGGUCAAUGGCAAGCAAGAUACUCUUCAGUAAUCCAAAAGGAUUCUUCGAUACCAUGCGGGCUCUCCCGUUUACGAGAGGUCUACCUCCAGCGAAUAUUUUACAAAGACAGGGUGUCGCUAGUGUCCUCAAGGAUGCUAUUGCUUGUGACGGGGUCUAUCAGUCUAGCUUCGAGAAUAAAAGUAGAGAAUCACAAGAAGCUCUUGAAAGAAUCUGGGUAAAUGGGUGGUUACAUGCAGAGACUUCAGGCAACGGUAUACGUUUCGUUUUCGCAAGUCAGCUCCACCGCUGGUAUUGUCAACAUCUUUUAACAGAGAAAGGUCCUGACAACGAACUUGCUUAUAGUUCUCCUCUAAUUUUGGCAAUCGAGGCUAUAAAGAGAUUUCGACCUUACCAACUAUCAGAUCCUUUGCGUUCCAUAACAGACCCAGCUCCAUCACCCUAUGAAGACCAGUGCCAAAAGGAAUUCUAUCGUUGUCUGUUUCCUUUGCUCGAUGGUCAUGCUAUCAUGUCUCCCGAGUUUUUAAUCAAAACAGGUAUCAAGGGUGGCACAAUUGACUUCUAUGUCGCCCAGAAGAAAUGGGGAUUAGAAUUUCUAAGAAACCGUGAUAGAGUAUUGAAACAUAUGCAAAGAUUCGAACCUAACGGACAAUAUUAUCAUAUGAUCGAGCAAGGCAAGAUGGAACAGUUUAUUGUUAUUGACUUCACUAACGAACUGCCAAAAAAGGCUUAUCCAGAGUUUCAGGGCCACCUCUACCACGUCGUAUUUUCCGAAAACUAUCACAAGGUCCGAGUGAUGGAUGCCGGUCUAAAUGAAGUUGUGUGUUUUGUUUUAAUGGAGAACUCAUCUCCUGUCCAUUGA